CGCCACAGCCGCUGCCGUCGCGGCUCCGCUAAAGUUUUCGCCGAGCGCGCCGGACUCGGUCCCCGCCUGUCCCGAGAUGCGUUUGGGAGCCGCCGCGAGCCCAGCCCCGACAGCCCCAUGUCCUCCAGCUGUGUCCCAGGAGUCCCCGUGACCAGGCGUCUUGCACAGGGUUGCCCACAUGCCAGGGCCGUCACCACCAGGGUGGAGGAGCUGCUGAGGGCCAGUAGGAAGCCGUGUGCCCUGCGCUGUGUCCCAUGCAUGUGGUCCAGAGGAGGGAUGUCCCAGCCACGUCUCCUCACCCUGCUGGUGCUGCUGCUCUGCUGCCAGGGUCCUUCUGCCCAGAUCACGGAUAACGUCGUGGAGAGAUGGAAGGAGUACAGCGAGGAGUGCCAGCGCAACAUGAGCCGCCUGCCCGCACCCACAGAGCUGGUCUGUAACCGCACCUUCGACAAGUUCUCCUGCUGGCCCGACACGAUGCCCAACAGCACAGCCAGUGUGCCCUGCCCCUGGUUCCUGCCCUGGUACCAGAAAGUGAAGCACAGACACGUCUUCAAGACCUGUGGGCCAGACGGACAGUGGGUGACAGGUCCGCGGGGACAGUCCCUGCGCGAUGCCACACAGUGUGAGCAGGAUGAUGAGGACCUAAAGGCGCAGGAAAAAUUUGCCAAGACCUAUGGCAGCUUCAAGGUGAUGUACACUGUGGGCUACUCUGUGUCCUUGUGUGCGCUGCUGCUUGCCCUGGCCCUGCUGCUGGGCUUCAGCAAGCUGCACUGCAUGAGGAACUACAUCCACAUGAACCUCUUCGCCUCCUUCAUCCUGAAGGGCGUCUCCGUGCUGGUCAUCGACGCCCUGCUCAAAACCCACUACAGCGACAAGAUCGAUGGCUACAACGUGCAAGUGUGGCUGAGUGACGAGGCAGCUGCAGGCUGCCGGGCAGCCACGGUCUUCAUGCAGUACGGCAUCGUGGCCAACUACUGCUGGCUGCUGGUGGAAGGCAUCUACCUGCACAACCUGCUGGUGGUGGCCGUCUUCUCCGAGAGGAGCUACUUCACCCUCUACCUGUGCAUCGGCUGGGGGGCACCCAUGCUGUUCCUCAUUCCCUGGGUCAUUGUGAAGUUCCUCUACGAAAACAUACAGCUGUCAAUGCCAUGCCAGUCUCCAGCAGCUGCCUGGUCAAGGAGCUUCCUGGCAGUCCCCAUCCCUCCAUUCGGCAGGUGCUGGUCCACGAACAACAACAUGGGCUUCUGGUGGAUCCUUCGCUUCCCCGUGUUCCUGGCCAUCCUGAUCAACUUCUUCAUCUUCAUCCGCAUCAUUCAGAUCCUUGUUUCCAAGCUCCGUGCACACCAGAUGCGCUACACUGACUACAAGUUCAGGCUGGCCAGGUCCACGCUGACGCUCAUCCCGCUGCUGGGCAUCCAUGAGGUAGUCUUCGCCUUCAUCACGGACGAGCACGCCCAGGGCACCCUGCGCUACGUCAAGCUCUUCUUCGACCUCUUCCUGAGCUCCUUCCAGGGUUUGCUGGUGGCCAUUCUCUACUGCUUCGUCAACAAGGAGGUGCAGGCAGAGCUGCUGAAGCGGUGGCAGCGCUGGAAGCUGGGGAAGGACCUGGCUGAGGAGUACAAGCACACCUACAGCCACGCACCCAGUGCCCGCAACGGUGCCGGCAGCACCUGCGAGAAGCACCAGCUGGUGAGUGGCUGCACCAACGGGCUGGGACGCAGCCUGGCCCCCCAGGCCAGCUCCCAGCGCCUGGAGAGGAGCAGGCGCAGCCCUGCCGAGCACCUCGCCUUGGGGGGCCAUCACCACUGCUAUGAGUUUCCUGAGACCACGGCCGAGAGCCACUUCUGAGCCUGCAGCCGGCUGGGAGGGCUGUGCUGAGCCGCUGGGAUGCCACCGUGCCCUGCCCCAUCCUCCCCUGGUGCCUGGGCACAUGGACAAUGGACACAAUGAGGCAGGCAAGUGGGACCUGGACCUCUGGAAGGGAGAGCUGUGGGGCCAGGGGGAUCUGUAGGGAUGGGAGUUUGUCCUGUGGUGCUUCCUCGUGCACCUUUGAGUCCCUGUGCGCAGUGCUGUAAUUUAUCUGUCAUAUCUGUAAAUAGGUGUGGGCCCGUGCCGGGCUGCAGGGCCA